CUAAAAAACCUGCGGGUCGUCGUUGCGGUCGUUCUCUGCGUCAUUUUUAUUUUGAGACCCCGAGAGAGAUUACCACAGCCCGGCAAGUUUUGGAAGGCAACGCUCGAAGAUGCGGCUGUUUCUACUGCUGCUGCUGGUAGCUCUAGCAGUGGGUGCUUAUCAAAAGGUUGACCAAAAUGAGAGGCAGGACCAAGGCGCCCCAGACUUGACAGCCGAAGACAUAUCCCUUGACAGGUACGAGAGGGAUGUCAAAACGGGUAAACGAAACAUGAAGAAAGAACAAACCAACAAAGAAAACAAUAAGCCAAUGUUAAAUGUGAAGGGAGCUAAAUACGCGAAGAACGGAAUUGGUGACAAUGAGAGCGAAAGGGGAGAGAAAGGGAGAUCACCAAAGCAAGUGAAAAAUAUGAACAAGAGAAACAACAGGCAAGAGAAAAAGCGAGAAGAAUCGGAGACGGGGAAAAGGACACAAAGGCAAAAUCUAAAUGCCAACAAACGUAGACAACAGAAGAAAUUCAACAGGCAGAAAGGACAGCAGAAGGAUAGGAAAGAGGACAAGGAGAGCAAGGAGGUUAAAAAAACCUCGAAAAAUAAAGAUACGAAGGAAGACGAGAAAGAAAAUAAAGACAAAGGAGACAAGGACGAUGAUAAAGACGAGGAGAAUGGCAAGAAUGGCAGUGGAAAUAGGAAAUCCAAGAAAGACCAGAGCAUGAAACAUGAUAAAGACGAGAAACGAAGGAAAAAUCAAAACAAGGAUAGGGAUAAUCAAAAGGAUAGGAAAAAUCAAAACAAGGAUAGGAAUAAUCAAAAGGAUAGGAAAAAUCAAAACAAGGAUAGGGAUAAUCAAAAGGAUAGACAAAAUCAGAACAAGGAUAGGAAAAAUCAAAACAAAGACAGAGAAAACAACAACAAGGAUAGGAAAAAUCAAAACAAAGACAGAGAAAACAACAACAAGGAUAGGAAAAAUCAAAAAAGAUAG